AGCAGCGUUACUUGUUGGUCAUCCCCGGCACUGUUGUCAACACACGUGUGUAUGAGCUGAAGAAGUAAUUAGAAAAAAUGCUGCGGCGUGAAGUUCGGCUUAGGAAGGAGUACCUGUACAGGAAAGCGCAGGAGGACCGUCUGCGCUCCGUAGAGGAGAAAAAACAGAAACUCAAAUCUGCUUUAGAUGAGAAUCGUCUGAUACCCACCGAAGUUCGCAAAGAGGCCUUAGAUCUGCAGAAGGCUCUGGAGUUUGACGAUGAGGGCGGAGAGGGUGUCAGCUCGCACAUGGACGACGAGUACAAGUGGGCCGGAGUGGAAGAUCCGAAAGUCAUGGUGACCACCUCCAGAGACCCCAGCUCCCGUCUCAAGAUGUUCGCCAAGGAAGUGAAACUCAUUUUUCCAGGAGCUCAGCGCAUGAACAGAGGAAACCAUGAGGUCAACAUGCUGGUACACGCAUGCAGAGCCAACAACGUAACCGACCUGGUUAUAGUCCACGAGACCCGAGGACAGCCUGACGGUUUGAUCGUGUGCCACCUGCCCUACGGGCCGACGGCGUACUUCACUCUGUACAACGUGGUGAUGAGACACGACGUUCCGGAUAUCGGCACCAUGUCCGAGGCUUUUCCCCACCUCGUCUUUCACAACUUCUCCUCUCGCCUCGGCAGACGGGUAUCCAACAUCCUCAAGUACCUGUUCCCCGUUCCCAAAGAGGACAGCAAACGCGUCAUCACAUUCGCUAACAAAGACGAUUACAUUUCAUUCAGACAUCACACCUACAAGAAAACCGACCACAAGAACGUCGAGCUGUCAGAAGUUGGACCCAGAUUUGAAAUGAAAUUGUACAUGAUUAAGCUGGGGACUCUGGAGAACGAGAGCACGGCGGAUGUGGAGUGGCGUCACCAUGCCUUCACACGCACGGCCAAAAAAAGGAAGUUCUUAAGCGUGGAGUAAAAACACUCUAUAUGGCCAAAAGUAUCUGGACCUCUGUGUGAUCUUUUCAGCUAUAUAACAGCCACUCUUUUAAAAAGGUUUCUCACAAGAGUUUGAAGUAUGUCUGUGGGAAUUUCAGUCAAAAGAGCAUUUGUAUGACUGGGCACUGAUGUUCAGAUUCGUUCCAAAGCUGUUCAGUGGGUUUGAGGUCAGAUUUCUUUAAAUUGAGAUUUUCUUCAUGUUUUUAUAGAGCACAGUCAUGCUGGAACAGAAAAAGGCAUUCCCUAAACUGUUGCUGCAAAGUUAUAUUACAUUUACAUUUACAUUUUCGGCAUUUAGCAGACGCUUUUAUCUAAAGCGACUUACAGUAUACAGUGACAGUAUACAGUCUGAGCAAUUGAGGGUUAAGGGUCUUGUUCAAAGGCCCAACAGUGUCAACCUGGCAGUGGUGGGGCUUGAAACGGCAACCUUUCGGUUACUAGUCCAGUACCUUAACCACUAGGCUACAACUUCCCUAGAAGGGGUGUCCCAAUACUUUUGUUCAUAAAAUGUGCAUUUGCAAAACGUUUUUUUAGAUUUUUUACUGUAUAAUCUCAGUGAGAACAGAACGAGGAAACAAAAAUGUGAUUUGCUUUUUAUUUAACAUUCUGGUUCUCUGUGUUUUUCAACUGGGGACUUUAAUUCCAGUUUUGUUGUGUUGGAUUUUUUGUGUUUACCUGUUAAAACACACUUCAUAAAUAAUAAAAGUAAAUAAAUGGACUGAUAAUUCCAAUACGUUAAAGCAGGAAAAACAUAAAAAUGUACAGUGAGCAUCAUGUGAUGCAAUCUGGAUAUGAGGUUCAUUAACCUGUUUGUAUUUAUUCAUGUUCAUGUUAUGCUGGUGAAUGUAAUUAAAUACCACGUUUGAAAUA